AUGUCUAAUUGUCGACUGUGUAAGAUGGCGGACGCGAUGGAAAUGACAUUGAUCAGCUUCUUGGGCCCGGCACUGCGAUGCGAAUGGUGGCUGACUAGCUGGCAGCAGGCGUUGAUCACGACGACUGUGUUCUGUGGCAUGAUGCUUAGCUCGACGAUGUGGGGAAACGUCAGUGACGCUCACGGACGAAAAAUGGUAAACAGUGGUGGAAUUUGUUGGUUUGUAGCCAACUUAGUGACACUUUACGCCGAGUUUCUUCCGAAUUCGCAACGUGCGAGAUGUGUAGUAUUCAUCGAGGUGUUUUGGGCUCUUGGAGCUGCUUUUGAGACCCUGCUCGCCAUGUUGAUCAUGUCCCAUUUAAGUUGGCGUUGGCUGUUGUGUGUUUCGGUAUUGCCUGGCAUCAUUUUCCUCAUAUUUUUGUGGUGGUUUCCCGAGAGUCCCAGGUUCUUGAUUGCUACUGGUCAGCCUGGAAUGGCCUUGGCGACGCUUCAGAAGGUGGCGAAGGAAAACGGCAGUACUCUGUCAGUCAAAGCUUUGGCCGUUCCAAAGACUGAGGUAUUGUUCAAACUGUUGUAUUGUUCACUUUUUGAGCAAGCUAGUAUUAUUGCUAUCAGUAGCCGUGGCGGUUUCUUGCGGCUUUUCUCUUCUGAGCUGAGGUGUACUACAGUUUUGCUUUGGUUUAUAUGGGUGUCCUGCGCAUUUUGUUAUUAUGGAAUUGUGUUGUUCACCGCUGAAUUGUUUCAAUCAGGCUCUGAAUGUCACGGCGGUAUCGGGGAAACAAUGCCCGAGGUGUCGUGUCCGCUGGAGUGCAAGCGUCUAACGACCCAGGACUACACUGACAUUUUUUGGACAACUCUGUCUGAGUUCCCUGGUUUGGUGAUAACUGCCGUCCUUAUGGAAUAUUUUGGGCGCAAAAUGACUAUGGCGAUCGAGUUCAUCGUCUACACAGCUUGUGCUUUCUUGCUUUUCAUAUGUUUGGACAGAACUGCAACGACGGUCAUCAUCUUUAUUGCGAGAGCAUUCAUAUCAGGCGCGUUUCAAGCAGUAUUCGUCUACACACCCGAAGUUUACCCGACAAUAUCUCGAUCGGUUGGUCUUGGCAGUUGUUCGGCUAUGUCUAGGGUUGGCGCGCUGACGACGCCGUUUGUCGCUCAGGUACUGGCGAAAACGCAUGUCAACUUAACAAUCGCAGUAUACGCGCUGUUCGGCCUCUUGACGUCAGUUGCGGUGCUUUUGCUGCCAAUCGAGACCAAAGGAAGGGCAAUGACCGUAAAAAAUAGCCAAACUCAACUGCUAAGCAAAAUCUUUAAAUCUUUCUACCUUUAG